AUAUAUAUAUAUAUAUAUAUACACAUCACUAUGUCUCUCUGCUGUUUCUUAAUUUGAAAUUGUCAUUCAUCAGCAUAAGAAGAACACUGAUCCAACGGCGACGAUGGGAUUGUUGAGAGAUGAAGGUUUAGUUUACAAGGCAGUGAGUGAGGUUGAUGUUGAUCCUCAAAGCGAUCAUGUUUAUCUCAAAGCCAAUGUCAAAGCUCCUCGAAUGGCUGGAUUUGUGGUUAAAAUAUUUGUUUGGUUUUUGGAGAUGCCUAUCUUUGGACAAGUGUUGUUGUACUUGUUGAAGAAAAAUAAUCUAAUUCAUAAGCUUAUUACAAACGCAGAACUUGAAGAACCACCUCUCUUUGUUCCUUUGCAUCCCUAUGAAGAUCUUAAUGAACAACAAGUCAAACACAUUGCUUCUCAUUUAUCUCCACCUGAACAAGUUCAAGAGGCCAUACACUGUCUGCCUUCAUCUUUGCCUUCACAUAAACCUAAGUUUCAUCGCUGGACAAUACUGGAUUAUGCAAGAGCCUAUAGUUCUGGAGAAAUAACCCCUCUCAUGAUUGCAGAGCGGUUUUUAGCAGCUGUCCGUGAAUCUUCAAGCCUUCCACUGCAAAUGUCAUUCUUCAUUAACUAUGAUGCUGAGGAUAUUCUACGGCAAGCUACCGAGUCAACUCUUCGAUAUGAAAAAGGACAACCAAUAUCGGUUCUAGAUGGAGUCCCAAUUGCUAUAAAGGAUGAAAUAGAUUGUUCUCCAUAUCCAACUACAGGAGGUACGAAGUGGUUGCCCAAACUUAGACCUUGUACAGCGGAUGCAUGUUGUGUAGCGCGCCUUAGACAAUGCGGUGCGAUACUUGUUGGGAAAACUAAUAUGCAUGAACUCGGGGCUGGAACAAGUGGAAUAAAUCCUCAUUACGGGGUUACCAGAAACCCAUAUGAUACCAACAAAAUCUCUGGAGGUUCUUCAAGUGGAUCUGCUGCAGUGGUGUCUUCAGGAUUAUGCCCCGUGGCCCUUGGUGUCGAUGGAGGAGGAUCCGUGCGAAUGCCAGCAGCACUCUGUGGUGUUGUUGGUUUGAAACCAACUUUCGGGCGUAUACCUCUUUCUGGUGUUCUCCCUUUCAACUGGACAGUCGGGAUGGUUGGAAUACUAGCUGGUACUGUAGAAGAUGCAUUUAUUGUUUAUGCAGCUAUUAACGGCCCACUUCCAACCCCCCAGUCUACUACUUCAGUGCCCAAAGUAUAUUUUCCACUGCUAAAGUCAACAAUAUCAUUAUCAGACAUCAGAUUAGCCAAGUAUGAAGAGUGGUUUAAUGAUUCCAGUAAUGAUGUCAGAAUAUGCUGCUCUUCUGCUAUGGACCAGCUUUGUGAGCACUAUAAUUGGAAGACUGUACCGGUUACUAUACCAGAGAUAGAAGCUAUGCGUCUGGCACAUUAUUUGACGAUUGGAUCAGAGUGUACCACAUCACUUUCUUCUUAUCUAGAAAAGCUGAAUUAUGCAGAAAUAGGGUGGGAUGCAAGAGUAGCACUUAGUGUUUAUGGUGCUUUUAGCAGCAAUGAGUAUAUAAAGGCGCAGAAAGUGAGGAAUCGCCAAAUGCAGAUUCAUCAAAAAAUAUUUGAUAAGGCAGAUGUCAUAGUUGUUCCAACAACAGGCGUGACAGCAUACCCAAUAAAGGAUGAUGCUCUAAAGACCGGUGAACUUGAUUACAUAAAUGGAGCUGCACUUGUUCGGUAUUCAAUAGCAGGAAAUUUUCUGGGUUUGCCAGCAGUGACAAUUCCAGUUGGAUUUGAUAAAGCAGGCUUGCCUAUUGGCCUCCAGUUUAUAGGGAAGCCAUGGUCUGAACCCACAUUGAUCCAUAUAGCAUUCGCAAUGCAGGCCCUGCGCAUCGCAGACAACAGAAAGCCAAAGGUUUUCUAUGAUCUGCUCAAUAGUGAGUAAAAGCACCUGGAAACUCUGUAACACAUUAAAGGUUAACCUGAAUUUCAAACUCUUUAUUUACACUAUAUGUAGCCAAAGUUUUAAUUAAUCUUUGAGAUUAAUAAAAUGAACUGCUAUGUUUGUCUA